AUGCCUUCCAAGGUCGUUGAGCGCCAGAACUACUUCCUGCGUUCUUCAAGACACAGGGUGGAGUUUCAGCAAUUCUCUCGUAUCUACAUCAUUGGAGCGCCCGGCGCAGGCAAAGGAUCCCUCUGCACCAAACUCGCGACCGACCACGGUUUCCACCAUCUCUCUGUUGGCGAUCUCUUGAGAAAGCAAGAGGCAUCCGGUUCUCUGAGACCAGAUCUGGUCAGAGCCAUCCAGGGCAGUGCGUUGCUGGAGGUGGAUGACCUUGUGUCUAUCCUCAAGCAUGCGGUCGAAGAGCUGUCCAAUGCUGGAAAAAGGCGACUUUUGAUUGAUGGUGUUCCUCGCUCGUUUGAUCAGAUAGAGCACAUUGAGGCAGCUGUUGGCUCACCUGACCUUGUCUUUUUCUUCGACUGCCCUGAAGACCUUGCCAAGCAGAGAUUCCUUACCAGAAACAUCCCGGGUAGGUUCGGUGAUGCCGAGACUUUUCACGCACGAUACAAGCACUACGUGGGUGAGAAUAACCAGAUUGUUGGACAUUACCAGGAGAAAGGAGUGCUGAUGACGGUUGACACGAGCGGUAACAUUGAAUCUUCUUACGCCAAAUUGCUGGAGGCUCUGCGGUCUAGAGGUUGA